UCAAGAAAGAGAGAGAGAAGGAGAUUAAUGGAGUACUAUAGUAGCAGUGAUCAAGGGUUUUUGGAAGAAUUAAUGGCUUUGAAAACUCAUGAUCCUUUUUGGGAAUCAACAACAUUACACCCAAAACCUGAUUUCAUCUUCAACAAUGAGAAUGGAUGGGGUGGUUUUGAUUCUUUAAACCAAAACCCAUUAAUAACCAAUAAUCAUCUACCUCAUUUCUACAAUCAUGUUCAAACCAGUCUUCAUCAAGAUUUCUCAUCCUCUUUCCCUCUAAUUUAUCAUGAUGAUCAUGACCAUGACCAUUCUAUGAAUUCACUCACCACCAAAACUGAAACCCAUCCUUUGAUUCCAACCCAUGAUUAUGAAUUGGCUGAUCUCGAUUAUUACCCAUUUUCCAUGCCUGAAGAUUUCGACCCAUUCUGUAAAACUGAGCCGGUUCAAGCACCCCAACAACAGACUGAUUUAGGGAGAAAGGGAAAAGUGAAGAAGAUUGAUGGGCAGCCAUCAAAGAAUCUCAUGGCUGAGAGAAGAAGGAGAAAGCGUCUCAAUGAUCGUCUCUCCAUGCUCAGAUCGGUUGUUCCAAAGAUCAGCAAGAUGGACAGGACAUCUAUACUUGGGGACACCAUAGACUAUAUGAAGGAAUUGAUAGAGAGAAUCAAUAAUUUGCAGGAGGAAAUUGAAGUGGGUCCUGAUGAACAACAACAACAGCAACAACAAUUCAGCUGCAUCUUCUCCAAGGACGAAUUGAAGCCCAAUGAAGCAUCUUCCUCCUCUUCCUCUUCAACCUCUUUCAUGAUCAGGAAUUCACCUAAGUUUGAUGUGGAGAGCAGCAGUAACAAGGAAACAAGAAUUGAGAUAUGUUGUGCUCCAAAGCCAGGAUUAUUGCUGUCAACAGUCAAAACACUUGAAGCAUUAGACCUUGAGAUUCAACACUGUGUCAUUAGCUGCUUCAAUGACUUUGCAUUCAAAGCUUCUUGCUCUCAGGAACUGGAGCAGAGUGGAAUAAUGAGCUCAGAAGACAUCAAGCAAGCACUGUUCAGAAAUGCAGGAUAUGGAGGAAGGUGCUUGUAAUUCAGUUUUUAUUUUUUGCCACUGUUGAGAGUAAGAGAAUCAGGUCAGGUGAGGUCUGUAGAAGGAGGAGUCUGGUGCUCUUUUUUGGUUCAAAAUGUACAACAAUAAGUGGUUUGUAAUAUUUUUUUGGGUUAAAAUCUAAAUAUAUAUAUGUCAGAUUCUCUCUAGGACCAUUUUCUGCUAUUUACCAGAUUCAAGUGCGCACAUGCCAUUUUCUGCUAUUUACCCCUUCUUCUUCACAUGCUUCAACAGAACCAGAACCAGACUACUUGGCUAGAGUCUCUGGAGAUACAAACACUCACAGAGAUAUUCUUCCCAUUUACAGUAUUUCCUAUUCAACAUGGAAUUUCUUGGAAUGCUCA